AUGAAAGGUACACUGGAGAGUUACCUCAAAGAAAUAGCACAGCCAUUCAAAACACUUUCCGGUUUAGUUUGUUUGACAAUAGCGCUCCAAGUGGAAGCUUAUACUAAGACUCAGUCUCUGCGCUCGAUCCUGAACCACUUCAGCGACACGAGAAAUGUUUACAUCGACCCUGUCGCCAAACAGAGAGCACGUGACUUCAUCGUGAACAUGUUCAAGGAUCACGGACUGCACACUUGGACUGAAGAAUUCCCUAGCAACCAAGAGAAGUAUCCAGGAGUGAAUAUCAUUGGUCGACUGCCUGGUCGCUACACCGGAACACGUGACGAUAAAAUGGUUUUGAUUGGUUCCCACUAUGACACGGUCCCGACCUCUUCCGGUGUAGAUGACAAUGGUUCCGGAAUGACCGCUUUACUACAAGCUCUAAUGUUUAUCACCAGUCCUGGUACAGUAAUAUUAUUAUUUUUACUUCUUUGUUUGUGAAGAGUUUUCAUUUGUUUUUUAUCUUUUUGUAGCGAAACGUGACAUAUACGGCCGAAAUAUACUAUUACAUAACGACCGAGUUUGAAUACGCAAAACGUGACUUUCGCCUUGCAGCAUAUGGAGGUGUUGUGUUACAACGAUUUGAAUUUAUAAAGUUUGUACGGGAGCGCAACGGUUUUGCUUUAAAAGUCAAUUCUUCUUAUAUUUUGUAAUAAAAUCUACUCACCCUGUUGCUGUGUUGUACUUUUUGUUGUUUGCCAGCUCCACAGGUCGAUGUAACGGCGAGUUAUAUCGUUGUUUGGGUUUCCACUACUAAAAGAAUCACCGCUCGAGGCGAAUAAAUCCACUGAAAAUAACCCUGCCGACUCAGUUCCUCCGUAGAAUCAAAGAAGAGAUGUUGAAGUUCCAUGUCAGUUCACUUGCUACCCAAUUCCGUCUGCAGCGCAACAUUUAUUUCGAGAUUGCUCCGCUCACAGAUUCGAAAAUAGGCUCCUCCAAUCUGCUGUGGAUUCUUCCGCGGUUUGGUAACUAUAAUUUGCCUGACUGGGGUAGUCAGCAUCGAUUGUCGACAGCCAAUGACAGUCAUUGUCCUAUUGCGUGAAAAUGAAUCUAUAAAUUCAAACUGU